UGUUAUCUCCAUUGCUGCAGCUGUCCCCGGACGUCAGCUUCGGAUUGCAUCAUCCAGCAAUCCAAUGAGGUGACCCACGCAUCUGACCAACCUUCCCGGCCAGUCGGCGGCGAAACGCUCACCAUACUUUGCCAUGUACUCGCUCUUCAUCAUGUGGCUACUGGAUGGCAUUGAAAAGAGCCGCGGUGGACUACUAUCUGACAGAGCAUCCGCCUCGUUCUCCCUAGCCUCAUCCAGUACAUUACAACAUGCCCGUCCCCGCACCUGAGCUCGGCUCCUUCAACUUCGUUCCUGAGACCAAGGAGGAGUUGGACUGGGCGGAUCUCAUCACCCUCGACUUCAGUCUGCUAGCGACCCCCGAGGGCAAGAAGGAGCUAGCACAGACCCUCCUGAAGGCCGUGCGGGAGGACGGCUUCUUCUACGUCAAGAACUUCAACAUCUCCCAGGAGCGUGUGAACCGCCAAUUCUCACUCGGCAAGCGAGUCUACGAGCUCCCGCUCGAGGAGAGGCGCAAGUACAUCCCGGAGGGCUUGGACCAGGGCAAGUUCAAUGGUUACAUACCCGCUGGACGGCGAGUCCUUGAGCCGGUCUCCGGACUGAGGGAUCACACGGAGAUGUACAACAUCCCCAAGUUUGACGGGCACUUCGAGCACAACCACCCCCAGCUCGUUGCGGACUUCAUUCCUGAAAUCGAGGAAUUCGCUAGAUCUCUCCACACCGAGGUCCUGGACCAUCUGCACGUCCUGCUCGCUGUCGCUCUCGAACUCCCAGAGGACUACUUCCUCAACCUCCACAAGUACGAGAAGAAGAGCGAGGACCACCUCCGGUACAUGAAGUACACCAAAUACACGCCCGAAGAGAACCUCAAGCUCGGCAGGAUCUGGGGCCGCGGCCACACUGACCUCGGCACAUGGACGCUCCUCUUCCGUCAGCCUGUCGCUGCGCUCCAGAUCAAGAACCACCAGACCGGCGAGUGGAAGUGGGUCAAGCCACAGAACGCUACGCUCACCGUCAACGCCUGCGACGCGCUGUCGUUCUUGACCGGCGGCUACGUCAAGAGCACGAUUCACAGGGUGGCUGCUCCGCCGAAGGAUCAGGAGCACGUUGACCGUCUCGGUCUGCUCUACUUCUCGCGCCCGAACAACGAUGUCGUCCUGUCGACUGUCAAGGGUUCGCCCAUCCUCCUGCGCGAAGGCAUCACCCAGAACGAGUUCGAGAAGACCGGCAACCACGUGCCGACCAUGGAGGAGUGGACGUUCGCGAAGCAGAAGUGGCAGCGCACCUACGGCGUGGUGCGCGGCGACCCGAAGUUCGAGACGGCGCAGAUCUUGCCGGGCUGGAACGAGAAAGUGUACGAUGCUGCGCCUGCGCCGGUGCAGGCUGCGGCGUGAGGCGAAAUAGAGAAUAUAGCAGUAACAGAAGCAUGUAUCUAUCUACACGGAGGAAUUCACGGCUGUAUACGGAAUGCUGGAAACC